UUCCGAACUAAACUUGUCUGGGACGUUUCGUGUUGGUUCUUAUAAUAUAAUAUCUUUUUCUUUAUUAUAUUUACAGUAUACGAUUUAGUAAAUGUAGUUCUUUCAUGUAAAUUGUUUGUGAUUUCGUACUAAGUGCCAAAUUGAUGUCUCGACAAAAUUGGUAUUAUGGAACAGGGUGAUCAAAAUAUAAACAAAGAUAUGAUCGAUUGUGAUUUAAUCGACGUGGAAUCUUUGGAUUUUUCCGAUGAACAGACAUGGCUUUACACGACUCCAGAGGAUGCCAAUGCGGCCUUAGACAUAGUAGACUGGCAGCUGUCCUUUGACUGGCCGUUCACGGAGGACAAUGACUACCUUAAGACGGAAUCGGAACUGUACUUGGUGCUGGAUCAUGUGCUCAAAAGUGACGUUGCAGUACCUAACAAGCAUAAGUUCGACUCGCGAACAUUCGUCAAACCGAAGAAGCGGGCCCAACGACCAAGCAUUCAGAGCAUCGUGGAAAGCUCGCCGGCUCAAAACAAGUACCUGACCUACAACAAGUACUCAGCGCCGCUCGGGCCUUUGAGCCCUAUAUUGAGGCUGAAGACAUUUAAUGUGGAGACGGAUACGGAUAACAGCAAUGCGAUUAAAGAGUAUGCGAAGAGACGAAGCUUGGUCAGUGAAGAAGAGGCACAGCUGGAAGACGUAGACAUGACGCUAGUAUCAGAGGCGUCAGAGCGUCUGUCUUCAGACCACCUGCCUUCCAAACCCAUCAACAUCGAUCUAUCUCAGCCAGCACACAAUCUCCACAAUACCUUUAAUAAGGGCCUCACGAACAUAAUGAACGAACGCGGCAGCCUCAACAUGUACCAAAGCGGCGAGUCCUUAAUGCGCAUGUCGCCUCCCAGCCUGGUGUCUUCCCUCAUGAUGGAGAGCUCCGGCAACUUCAACCAGGAGUCCUUGGACAGUAGGAAGAGUUUGACGUCGCACAGGGAUUCAGGAAUAGCACCAGCAGGCCGAGAAAGCAUAGACCCAAUGAUGACCAGCAUGACCCUCUCCAUACUAGACGAAAAAGACAUGAGCACAAGCUUCCUCUCUCAAACCACCUACCCCGACAACGACAGCCUUAUGGACUCCCUUCCCCCCUCCCUCGUCAGCUCAGUCAACUCCUCAUACAUAGUCUCAAACAUGUCCAAAGCCAGGGAAUCCACAGACUCUAACAACAUCUUCAGCUCAGCAACAUUCACUCAUCUAGAACAAUCCGAAAAGCUACUCUCCGCUCGACCGCGCCACCAACCCUUCAAUCAUUUCCAAAAACGCGAAAACGAUAUCAGAAAAUCCGAAAGCUACACCAAAGCUAAAGAAGAGGCUUGCCAGAUCGACCCGAGCAAGGUACUCAUGGAAAAUGGCGAUAAAACCACAACUAAAACACCUAACAAAUCAGAAAUGUCCGAAACCGUUACUCUCCAUUAUUCUAACUCAAAAUUCAGGCGGGAUGAAAAAGAAAACUUGAAUUCUACCUUCGAAAAAGACGACGCCUUUUACAAAGACAUGAAUAUGCCUAGAACUGUAGAUUUGGGUAAAAAUAGCCUAAACGUUACCUUAGACAAACAGGAGUUGAAUGAGAUUAUUCAAGCGCGUCAGAAGCUGUCUCUAGCUAGAAAAGCUUUGCCUGACGAUAAACUGCCUAACCAGGCGGACGCGAUAAAAACCAUACAACUACCGAAUCAGACGAUCACGGUGCCUCGGCAUAGUAUGGAGAAUGCUUCUGAACUGUUGUCGAGAAGAAGAAUGAAUAAUAGUUUUGAUAAAGAGGAGCCUGCGACGAGAGAUACGCCUAAAAGGAAUGCUACGUUCAAGAAGGUGUCGCCGCGAGCAGCCUCUAUGGACGGUACUGUGGUAUACGCGGCGAAGAAGGAUGAGAGUGAACUGAUUGACAUCAAUCUGGCCACUACGAACCUUAUUGAGUCGAGUGAGAGGACAACACUUGAGGACUGGGGUUCGCAGCAGCGGGCGAUGGUGUGCUCUAGCGAGAGCACGGAUACCGGCACCUUCAGCUCCUCCAGUCCACCCGACAGCGUUCCUGAUACUCAGCAUGAUCCAACUCAUCCAAGUUCAAUAUCAUCAACACCCCUCAUAGGCCUCCGUAAACCUAAAGACCUUCUAAACAUCCACACAACCAUAUCUCCCAUCUACGAUAUGGUUGACGACAAAUCGUACACCGUAACUAAAACCUCUCCCAUGGAGCGAACUUAUGAUAAACUCAACAUGAAGCCAAGUCCUAACUCCUCGAUGGAUAAGACUUACGAUAUGAACGCUACAGUUAUUAAUAGUGCUACUAUGGUUAAGAAAAGUUCGGCUAAAAGAGAUAUUUUAGCGGGAAAAGUUAGUCCGGAUAAGAAAAUGUUUGGACCCAGUGCGCCGGUCAAAGCUCAAAGUAUGGGUUCGUGUGCUAGUGCAAUGGCGCCUCCGGUCGCGGUUCCAAGGAAAACUGGUCUUCCGACAUCUAAGCUCAGGCAGUACAGCUCACAUAAAGAACUCAGCAGGAUACCAGCCGGCAAUCCAGUAGCGGCGCGAGCGCUACCUCGCUCCAACAUGGUGCGACGCGGCGUGUACUCUUCUAACCCCGCCCUCAGCCCCACUCACCCGCGCCACCGCUCACAACUCACCCCGCGCCGAUACGACGAGACUCCUACACGCUCGAGGUGGACGACGAAGCGAAAUCAGCAGCGAAGCCCGUCGUACCGAACCAACCGGCGUUGAUCCGACAAGGCACAGAGACGCUACGCAGAGAACGGCCGCAGAGCCAAUUGGUGGCGCCAAAAGAUCUACGCUCGAGCGGCAUCGGCGUACCUGUCACUAUGAGGAACCAUCAUAUGCCGCCACCCACGACGCGGCCGUACUCGAUAGCCGGAGCGUCGCAACUCCGGGUCGUGAGGCCAGUUAGCGUGCCCGUACAGAAACCAG